UGUUGUAAUUAAUGGCAAUCAGCAUCAACAUGCUUCUUUUCUUUUCCCUUAAUCCAUUAAACAAAUCUUUUAGUUUGAUGUUUACUUUUACCUGAUAAACUCGGGUUAAUGAUACUAAUACUAAUAAUAAUAAUAAUAAUAAUAAAGCCAACUCGGAUUUAGAUUUCUUGGCCUCCAAGACUGGUUUGUCCAGAACCAGUCGUGAGUGCAUAUAAACACAAACGAGUGAGUCAGGGUUUUUGCUUUGUUUGAAUUUAGAAUUUGCAGGUUUUCAGUUUUGAAACAAUCAAGGCUUCAAUGGGUUCUCAUCAAAUAGUUCAGUCCCUGUUGGUAUUGCUAUCAGUUUCAACAAGUUGCCAAGCAUGGGGUUUUUUCUCGUCUUCUUCCAAAGCAGUUCAGAGUCCCAACGCAAGCCCCCAUGGUGCCUCACUGGCUGAGUUCUCGGUGGAUGGCUUAAACGACGAGAAGGGAAUGAGGCUGCUCCAAAGUGCUAAAACCAGGCUGGUUGGGUCAAAUUCUUGCUGGAGAAAUGCCUACGGACAUCUCCUUUCAGGGUGCAAAGACAUCAUUGCUACAGAUGAGAAACGUUCAAGGUUUGCCUGGCAUUUAAGUGAUUGCUUUCAAAAGGAUUCUGGAAGGUCCCCUUUCCCUUUUUGCGACACCAAAUCCGCCAUGCUUCAUUGUCUCAAACAGUUGAACGACUUGGAACACAAGGUUUAUCUUGAAUUCUUGCUUGAGACCAAUUCCAUCUGCUAUCAGUUACAGAACCAGGCAUUCAAGCAUGAAACAGAGAGACUAGUGAAUGAACUCAGAAAUUCAGCCCAAUAUGCACAAGACAAACUAGAUUGUAUAGAAGAAAGAACAAAUGUUGUGUUGCAGAAUUCAAAUCAGAUCAGUGAUUCCUUGAAUGCAAUCGAUAUCCGAAUUCAUAAUGUGGAUCAAACAACUCACAGUUUAGAAGGUUAUAUGGAGAGUUUAAUUCAGCAUUCGCAGACGGUUUACAAGCAAGCUUCGGAUAUUGUGGAUUCACAAAGAGAGCUGCGGAAUGGCCAGGCAAUGAUGAAUGAUCAACUCAAAGAAGGGAUAACGAUGCUUGAUGGUGCUUAUAAGAAUUUGGGACAUCAAGUGGAUAACCUGAGAAAUGAAGCCAUUGAAAUAGAGAAUGAGAUUACCAAAGUUGGGAAUACAAUGUCUUCAAGCAUGAACAGUCUGAAAAUAACAGCAGAUGACAUUAGCAAUAAGGCAGGGGCCUCUCUAGAUAAGCAGCACCAACUUCUAGAGGGACAGUCGACCGCGCUCGAGGGUCUUCGGUUUCUUACUAGAUUUCAAUCCGAAGCACUGGAAGAGAGCAGGAAUACCCUGCAGCAGUUAGCGGAAUAUGGCCGAAAACAACAAGAAGAGCUUCUCAAAAGACAAGAACAACUUCAACAAGUCCAUGAUCAUUUGGUCGAAAAUUCCAAGUCAAUAUUGGCAGCUCAGGAGGCUUUUGAAUCAAAGCAAGCUAGGAUGUUCAUUGCAGUAGACAAGCUAUUCGCAUUGCACAAUGCCAUGCUGCUUGAAUCAAGACUAAUUAAAGCUUUCAUUGUCUACUCUAUGUCAACCUUUGUCAUCUACAUGUUCACUAGCACAAAGCAAACAUAUCCUGUAAGAAUAAGGUUAUAUAUCGGACUGUGUGCUACAUUCUCAAUAGAAGUCGCCAUUCUUCGCUUCACGGCAAACGAUAUUGAACAGAAAACAUGGAUGGUAAAUCUGGUCAGGUCACUCUAUGUGCUUAUUGCUUGCAUUCAGCUUCUAUAUGCCGUAUGCACAUACAGGGAUUAUGAAUAUUUGAACCAUCAGAUGUUAUUAACACUGAUCGAUAAAGUUGAUACGAUGCAAAGGAAGGAAGCAUUGUCAUGGGAAAUGGAGGAUAGUGAUGUGGAUUGGCGUUCAUGGGUUGAUGUAGAGUUACCAGAAGAUGUAGGGCAACUAGAAGACCCUGACUUUGUAAUUGAAGAAGGAAUAGGAGAGAGUGGCGACACAAGAACAUAUAAUCUCCGCCAGCGCAGAUGCUUAAACCUUACUUGAAUCCAUGUGUAUUCAAUAUUAGCAAAAAGGAUGAUUCAGUCCUCCUUAACAUUGGGUAGAUUUAUUUAUUCGCUUUCUUGAUUAUAUUUUAUAUAUAAUACUAUCAUACAAUAUAGCAAACAUAAUGUCUACAAAGAUCUCUAUGUAUAUUUAAGAGUACAAACCUUAAUAAACUUAGUAUUUUCAUUUUCA